UUAAUGACUCGGGUAUAAAUGUUGAUCGUGUGUUUGAGCUGAAGUUCCUGCUGAAGUUUCUGCUUCCAUUCCCUCGGAGGAAAAGCGGUGAAGGAAGGAAACAUGGCAAAACUCCAGAUAGUCGUGCUCGUCCUGCUCUCCCUGCACGUCGCAUCGUCCAGCAAGCUGGUGUGUCACAUGACCAACUGGGCCCAGUACCGACCCGACGCCGGGAAGUUCACCCCCGAAAACAUCGACCCGUUUCUCUGCACACACAUUAUCUACAACCUGGCGACGAUCACGAGCGUCAACCAGGUCGACACGACGGAAUGGAACGAUGAGGCGCUGUACGCUCAGCUGAACAACCUGAAGAACAGCAACCCUGCGCUGAAGACUCUGCUCUCCGUUGGAGGAACCGUCAAAGGCGUGAGCCCAUUUAUCGCCAUGGUUGCCAAACCCGAGACUCGCGCCGUCUUCAUCAAGUCGGCCAUCGGUUUCCUGCGGACGCAUCAUUUCGACGGGCUGAACGUGGACUGGGAGUAUCCGGGUCACAAUGGAAGCCCGCUGGAGGACAAGACGAGAUUCACGCUGCUGCUCGCCGAACUGGCGUCGGCGUUUGAGAAAGAGGCGAGAGAGGAAAGGAAGACGCGGCUAAUGCUGUCGGUCAACGCCGCCGGAGUACCGGCAACCGUGAACACGGCCUACGAGGUGGACAAGAUCUCAGCUUACCUGGACUUCAUCAACGUGAUGACGUACGACUACCACGGCCACUGGGAGAAGGUGACGGGACACAACAGCCCCCUCUACCGGAGCGCCGCGGACCACGCCGACUCCGAACUCAGCAUCGACAGUGCUUUAAGCCGCUGGUUGGAUCUGGGAGCUCCGGCUGAGAAGCUGCUGCUCGGUUUCCCCACGUACGGACGAACAAACCGCCUGACGACCGGAGCCAACGGUCUCGGAGCCCCGAGCAACGGCCCCGCCGAAGCCGGGCCCUACACUCGCACCGAGGGAUUCUGGGCCUACUACGAGAUCUGUGAUUUCAUCAACACUGCAGAGGUUUCCUGGAUCUCUGAGCAGGAAGUUCCCUACGCCACCUACGGUAGCGCCUGGGUCGGCUACGACAACAAACGCAGCUUCUCUUCUAAGGUGCAGAUGCUGAACAACAGGAACUUGGGCGGAGCUCACGUCUGGACUCUGGACCUGGACGACUUUAGUGGAUCGUUCUGCUCGGACGGCGCUCACCCGCUCGUCAACCACCUCCGCAACUCCAUGGGUUUUGCUCCAAAGCCGACGACGACGCCGCGGCCGACGACCACCAGAGAUCCCAUCGCCGACUUCUGCCGCGGCCGCCCCGACGGGCUGUACGCUAACGCGGCCGAUAAAACCACGUACUUCCAGUGCUUCAAGGGAAACACGUACCUGCAGCGCUGCCAGUCCGGACUCAUCUACUGGGACUCCUGCAAGUGCUGCAACUGGCCCUAAACAGGACCCGGAACCAUCUACGGUCCUGCAACUGGCCCUGAGCUCAGAUACAGCAGGAACCUGCUUCACAAUCAAAUUAAAUAAAAGAUUACUCAUCCUAGCAAACAA